AUGUUUGAGCUACUGCCCAUUGUCAUCGAUCUGGCUACAGCGUUAUUCUUUUUCUCCGGAUCUAUAGACUAUGUUUAUACCGGAAUCAUGAUGGUUAUUGCUUGUGCUGACAUGAGUAAGUGGGAUGUGCAAGGCACAAUUGUAGCGGGGUUUCAUCAAAAAAUUUAACCGGGGUGUCAGCGAAAACUUUAACGCUGUUUCCAGACCUUACUAACGUCAUGGACUACAUUGAUCCCCCAUUCUAUAUGAGGCCCGACUACUACGACCGAGACGAAGAAGAUGAAAGCGAAGAACAUAACCUUGAUAUCUCACAGAUAAACGAGUUUGAAACCGUUAAGUAUUUCUGCAAUGAAAAGGAGGAAUUGCGAAAGUUCCGAUUGAAUAAAGCUAAGUGAGUCAAAACAGUAUACACAUUUAAUGUAUUAUAACUAUUAAGCGACAAUAUCACGUGCUAUGCAAACUAUUGGUUCUCAAACUCAAUCAAAGACAUGUUGCGAAAUGGACUUAUGAUGAUCGGCAGCGUCUUGAUGGCCUAUCGACGCCCCGCGGAUUCAGAGAUGACUGUUGGUGACUACAUGCUGUUUGCACACUAUUUCUACCGAUUUACUUCACCGCUAAAUACAAUUAGUGAGAUCGCACAAAGACUUCGCAGUUAUUUUGAUGAUAUGGAUGUGAUCUACGAGCUUUUUCAUGAUCGCACUGAAAUCCCCAGCGAGAAUUCAGAAAAUGUCGAGAUUUCUGGAGGAAUUCGAAUUCAGAAUUUGUCGUUCUCGUAUUCAGAAGACAAUAAAAUCUUGAAGAAUGUGAGCUUCGAUGUGCCGGAAGGAAAGACAGUCGCGUUGGUGGGGCCUUCUGGAAGUGGCAAGUCUACAAUAAUCCGUCUUCUGUAUAGAUUUUUGGACCCCGACCAGGGUAUGUUGCAGUGUUAUUCGUCAAUAUUUAGGCUUUUAGCCACUUUUAAGAGCAAAAAUCUAUCACGUGCACGUACAGAGACGGACCUGACCCAGUGGAAAAAGCACCAUUUUGCAUCCGGGAAGCAUAAAAAAUGUGGCAAAAUGCUUCCCUCUCCAAGUGAAAAAAAAAUCGCUUUGAAGGGCGCGCUUUCGAAACCGGAGUUUUUUCACUUGGAGAGGGAAACAUUUUGCCAUAUUUUUGAUACUUUCCGGAUGCAAAAUGGAACGUUUUUUGCCACUGGAUCAGGUCCCCCACUGUAAAUUCAUGUCCGAAAUGUUCUAGGGUCAAUUUUUAUUGGCGAAGCAGACCUCCAAGGUCUAGACAUCUACAGUUACCGCAAAACGGUCAGUAUUGUCCCUCAAGACUGCACCUUGCUCCAAGCAACUGUCCGUAAAAACAUCGGAUACGGCCGAAUCUCAGCGACAGAUGAGGAAAUCGACAAAGCCGCAGCUUUGGCAAAAAUCGACAACUUGCUUCAGCGCGACGACACGAUCGAACAGAGAAAGAUCCAAAAGAAAAAGUUGGAAAAAAUGCAAAGCAAAGUCCGCAAACUCUUUGGAUUCCCAUAUUACGAAGAUCUCGACGAUUAUGCGGAGGAGGAAGAGGAGAUGCAAAUAAACAGAAUGAGUGGAGGCGAGAGACAACGGGUAGCAAUUGCAAGGGCACUAUUGAAGGACCCGAAAUACUUGUUUUUGGAUGAGGUAGGCUUGCUUAGUUGCACUUUACACUUACAGUGGGGGGACCUGAUCAUUUUGUCAAAAAUGUGGCAAAAUGCUUCCUUCUCCAAGUGAAAAAACUCCGAUUUCAAAAGCGCACCCGCUCUUUUUGUGAGGGAAAGGGCAUGCCUUUCAAAACGAAGUUUUUUCACUUGGAGAGGGAAGCAUUUUGCCAAUUUUCGAUGCUUCACAGAUGCAAAAUAGUACGUUUUUUGCCACUGGAUCAGGUCCCCACUGUAGAUUCCUUGUCGGUAUAACAAAAACUUUCAGGCAACGUCCUCAUUGGAUACCAUAACAGAGAAGCAAAUUCAACAUGCUUUGACCGACGCGGCAAAUGGCAAAACCUGCAUUAUUGUCGCCCAUCGGCUGUCAACCAUUGCUCAUGCCGACAACAUUGUCGUACUAAAAGAUGGGACGGUCGUCGAACAAGGAACGUAAGUUUUAUUUUAUAAUUGGAGAAAAGCGACUUGCUUUUCAGUCACAAUCAAUUGCUGAAAAUCCAAGGAUUGUAUUCAAAAAUGUGGCAUCUUCAACAAGGGGGUGAUCUCAGUUGUGUAAACUUGGAUUAG